AUGGACAGUGUCCACUCGAGAUCCUCCAUAUUACCUGUCGAGAUCCUUGAGCUGAUCUUCAGUUACCUGGAACGUUGUGAACUUGUCCCAGUCCUUGGCAGCAACUCCGUAUUCCACAAUACUGCAUCUCGUGCGGUCUAUCGUAACAUAUCAGAAACGUCGUCAGUUAAAGCCUGGAGGCUUAUAAAGACCCUUGCUUCUAAUGCCACCUAUUCCCGGCACGUCCGUUCUAUCGAUCUCGACUUUGCCAACAACCUCAUCACCGCCAAUAUCCUCCGCCUCUUGAAUCGCGCGCUCCAGCAACUCAAAUCGCUCACGACGCUUAUCCUCGACUUCUCCCAGACAGACAACGCUGCUGAUAUCGCAUGGAUAUUCCAGGGGUGUUCCUUUUCGCUCGCAACCUUCACCUCAUCCAUGCGGUGUGACCGCUCGCUGGCGAAAUUCCUGGCUAUGCAGCCGACAAUAACGGAGCUCUGUCUGAGAGGGUUCAAUAAGGAGUAUGACUUUACGCUGGAACCUAGGGCGCUCCCAAAGCUGGAGCAUUUCAGGACCGUUCUGUCUUACCCUAGCAUCAUCGGAGAGGUCUUGAGAGGCAGACCCGUGGAGAGCGUUUCCAUGUCGCUUUACCCCGGGGACGUCUGUACGUCCCUCGACACGCUGUUACUCUCAGCUAGACCGAUAAAGAAGCUCACUGUCAUGAGCUUCGAAAGCGACCCCCCUGUCGCACUCCUUCCCCUCAUCGCAGACCGGCUACCUCAUCUUGAGGCUUUCCACCUCGUCGUUCUCAUGACGCACUACACCCAUGAAAUUCUACUCGAGAUCGGCUCGAGUCUUGCGCAGUUCAAGGCUCUGAAAUACAUCACGUUCAUGGCCCCAGGUAUACCUGCGUCCUUCAACGAUGAAAAGAGCGUCGCGGAAGCAUGGAGCAAAGCGUGUCCAACCCUUCAGACCAUCAUCCUUCCCAAGGGACUGGUAUGGUUCCAGAGGGACGAGAAUUGGGCAUGCCUGAAAGAUCGCGAGGAUUAA